CGAGGAUGGCGACGGCAACGCCUUGAUAUUUAUUUAAGAUACGUGUUAACAGCCUAGCAAAAUACAAUGAUUCCUGAGGUCUAGUUGAGCACUCUAUUCCUCUUCUUUCCAUUAUAGCCGCUGGAGCGCCAUUUAUCUACUACUAUCUCAUUUAUCGUUGCGCCCACCCCUCUCUACUCCGGCCUUUGACUUCGGCUCGUGAUAAUAUGGCCGUCCCAAGAUCCGAGUACCUGAGCCACGUUUGGGCGGACAGCAUCUUCACUGACCGGGUCGUCUUUGUGACCGGCGGAGCCGGGUCAAUCUGCAGCGCGCAGACUCGAGCGCUUGUCCAUCUCGGCGCCAAUGCCUGUAUUGUCGGGCGCAACGUCGCGAAAACGGAAGAUGCUGCGAAGGAGAUAGCAAAGGUCCGAAAAGGAGCCAGAGUUAUUGGCAUCGGCGGAGUCGACGUUCGCAGUUUCGACAGCCUCAAGAGUGCUGCGGACCGAUGCGCUACAGAACUAGGGGCCAUUGACUUUGUCAUUGCCGGCGCUGCGGGCAACUUCAUCUCGCCCAUCUCCGCCCUGAGCCCAAACGGCUUCAAGGCGGUCAUUGAAAUCGAUACGAUUGGGACGUUCAACACCAUCAAGGCAACGAUCCCUCACCUCGUGCAGUCGGCGGCAAGAAACCCGAAUCCCAACCCUUCGGGUGCCACUGGCGGACGCAUCGUCGCUGUAUCGGCAACGUUCCACUACACUGGCAUGCCGCUACAAGCACAUGUCAGCGCUGCCAAGGCAGCGGUUGAUUCGCUCAUGGCCAGCGUGGCCUUGGAGUACGGCCCGUUAGGAAUCACGGCCAAUGUAGUCGCCCCCGGCGCGAUUGCGGGCACCGAGGGCAUGGAACGGCUGGCUAGCAGCGCGCUGGACAGCACACAGCGGAAUAGUGGCGUGCCGACCGGUAGAUGGGGCACCGUCCGGGACAUCGCAGACGCUACGGUGUUCGUCUUCAGCGACGCCGGAAACUACAUCAACGGAACCAAUAUUGUUGUUGAUGGCGCGGGUUGGAGAAGGCAUGGCAGCCUGGGUGUCGGCCUGGAUCCGGAUAUGAAAUAUCCCGACUUUUUGAUUACGGGGGAUAUCAGCAAGAACGUGAAGGAUGGCCGGAAGGCUAAGCUAUGA